AUGUCAAGGUUGAGCGCGAGCUCGAGUCGAGCUUGUUCGUCUCCAACGAAUCGAAAUGUGAACAUCAAUAAGCUCUUGAGUUUGCUUGACUCGGAUGACAAACAAGUCGAGAAUGACAUUCGCCAAGCGCUUCACUAUCAACUUGGAAUGGGGCAAGGGAUUCGUCAACUCGUCAAUCAUUACUACGAGCAUGGAUCAGGAAGAGCACUGGACUUGUUGACAGAGAUCAAAGAUCCGCACGAUUUUGCUUUAUUAGACGUUGUGAAAGAAAUGAUGAUGAACGCGAAAAAGACUCCAGCAGCUAUAAUCCUUUUGGGUCAAAUCGUUCAAUCAGCUCCGUCUUGGGUCCCUCGAAUCGCCAAGCAUGAGAUCUUCCAAACUGUGCUCAAGUUUGUUAAUAGAACGCACACUCAUGUAAUGGCUGAAGACAUCGCCGCUCUUCUCUUUCUCGCCUCUUUGUUGCCCCAUUGUGCUGUGAUGUCGGAGAUUCAACUUCGACAACUUUUUGAUACUUUUGUGAAUGCCGCCGGUUUUCUACAGGGAAAGAUGCGAGACUUGCGGGCGAACACAAAUCCAGUGGAUCGAAUCAAUGUCUCUCACUUGCAAUAUGCCGUUCGAGAAUAUUUCCAUUCUUUGUAUGGAAUCUAUCCAUACAUGCUCAUUCAUCAUCUUCGCUCAUAUUUCAAAACGAUUCAUAGUCCAGAACAACAAGCAAUUCUUGAUGGAGUGGUGAUCCCUUUGUUGAAUGGAGUCAAACUUCAUCCAAAUUUAUUGAUUAUGGAUAGAGAGAAGGAGUUGUCGAGAGAAAGAUGGGCAAAGAAAGAGGCACACGAUUUCUUGGAUGAUUGUAGGCGAGUCGUGAUUGGAUUGAUUCCAACUACUUACAAUGUUGAUCAACCCGAUGUGGAAGGUGAAUCUCGAGGUGGUGAGGGUGGAGACGAUAUUUUUUUGGCACUUCUCCCAACAACGAGUCAAGAUGGGCAAAUGUCGAAUACACAAACAGAGGAAUCAGCUGCGACUGAUGCAAUCAAUACGGGUGCAAAUUUUGACUUGAUGUCAUUGUUAAACACGCCACCAGGCACUCGCUCAUCAUCUCCGCAUGGGAGAGCCAUAAACGAAAGCUUAAAAGAUUCAGUUAUUUCAUCAAGGCAACGCGAUGCCUCUGGAAACUCAAGCAGAAGUCGCUCUUUCAUCUCACAAUUGAUUGGAAAUGUGAAGAAAGCUAUCUCACCCCAAGUUGAAAGAGUUUACGAGCCAUUGAUUGAGGUGGUGGCUGAAGAUGGGGAUAAUGCGAGUGGAACUGUGAGUACAGCUGAAGAAGCGGAAGAAGUUUUCGAUGUGGAUCAUCUUCUCUCCGCUAAAGUGACAAUGGUUCAAAGGGAAAGAGCUGAAUCGAAUGCUGAAGAAAUGAGGAAAACGAGUCAAAAGCAUUCUGUUCAACGUUUAUCUGGGGAAUUCGAUGAAAGGAGUCGAGAUCCGAGCGGGAAUAGUGGAGGAAAAAGGAGUGGACCGAGAAGAAGUGAUCCAAUGGUAAACUAUAUGGACGAAGUUGUGGCGGCGAGAGAAGCGGCUCGACAAUCCGUUCGUGAACGAGGAUUUACAAUUGAUGAGACAAAAGUACAUCUCAAUGAUGCCGGCGAUUUCAUGUACAACAACAAUGCCAUUUCAUCAGAUUCUGUCUCAAACACUUCACAUGAAGAUCUUGAUGUCUCUAGUGAACCUCAACACCUUGUUCGUCCUCGUUUCUCUGUAUCCGCCUUUUUUAACAAAUUUAAUCGCCAACGCUUUCAUUCUGAAUGUCCUCCAUUGCAAAAUGAUGAAACUGAUAUUACUGGUCAAGUGAAAGAUGAGAAUAGCCCUGAAUUAGAGGGAGCUACGUCAAAGAACGUUUCAGAGAUGCAGGGUCUCCGUUCCUCUUCUUGUCCAGACAUUCGUGAUCUUCUCCGUCGUCGUCGGAGUGUUCCCGAUGCUUUUGUAAAUCAAAUCGAAUCCCAAACAUUUCAAUCGAUCGCUUUCCCGCAAAACGAGAAGCAACUCCUUCAAGCGUUUCCAUAUUUGACGCUGAUCACUGGACCGCAAAUGAGUUUGUAUGGAAAGCUUGAGAAAACACUGGAACAGCAACAUGAAGAGAAUCGAGCCGCUUACAUUGCUGCCAGUAAAGCGUAUCACAACACGCUCAAGGAUUUGUACUUGGCUGAUCGUUUGCCUGGAAGAAUCUACGAUGACAUGUCUCAUAUCUUGCAGGAUUUGACUCCAGAAGCUCAGACUGAAGUCCUUCAAUCGCGUCUUCGUCUCGUCAAUCAGCAUCUUCUCUACGAGCGGAGUUGUCGUCUAUUGCACGCCAAUCGGAAUCGUCGACUUUAUGGAAGAAUCCGUUUACAGAAGAAUCUUGAGAACGAGUUGGCGAGAUAUCGAGAGAAUGAGAUUGAGAUGUUGACGGAGAGGGAAAAUCUCAUUAAGGCUUUAUCACAAAUGCGAAGUCAGGAAAAGAAAUUGAAAGAUGAGAGUAAAAAGGCGCUGCAACAGCUCAAGGAAAAGUACGCUUUGUUGGCUGAGAAAAACAAGAAAUUGGAGUUUGAUGUGAAAGAACAAGACAUGAAAAUUCAGAUAUUAGAGGAUGACUUGGAGAAGAAGUCUCAGCCGAUCGAAUUGGCGUGGCGUAAAGCGACCGACGCUGAGGCUUGCAUCGACAUUACCCAAAAGGAACUCGAUGCGACAAGGGCUCAACUUGUAAUGCAUGAGGGUGUGGCUCGAGAAAAUCAACAGUUGAAAGAUCAAAUUGAGAUGUUGAAGAAAAAGAAUCAGGAUAUCGGAAUGAGUCCAGAGGUGAUCAAUCGGAUUCGUUCUCUUGAGAUCGCUUGUGGGGAUUAUGAGAAUCGAAUCGCCAUUUUAAAUGGAGAAAGGGACAACUUGGAGACGUCGGUGACGACUUUUGAGGAAAUAGUCUCAGGGCAGAAAAGAGAGCUCGAGAUGCUUCACGAGAAAUUGCGAAGAGCGGCACGACAAAUAAAUGAGCAGGCUGACGCCGCCGAGCAAAAGUUCAUCUCCUUGCAAUUGGUUUGUCGAGAGUUGGAAUCCCAUGUGAAUGAGCUGUAUCUCAAAUUAGAGAGCAUUGAAGAAAGCCCAAUCGAUGAAAGCGUGGAAAAAGCGAACAUCUUCAGUUUUGUGGAGUUGCCCGAAUCCGAGAGAGGACGGGUUGAAAACUGGUCCAGUGCUGAACAAAUGUUGGAUUCAAACCCAGAUUCUCCAGUCAGUCUUCGUCCGUCACCUGCAGUUGAUAACGUUACUGGAAUGGACCGUUCAAUCUCUGUCCCACCUGAUUCCUACGACAAUUUUGUCUCCACUUCACCACCAAAUGAGCGUUGUUCGCUACCA